AUGCGCAUUCGGGAGACGACGCAGGAACGGGAAACGCCGACAUCUCUGCAGCAGCAGCAGCAGCAGCAACAGCAGCAGCAGCAGCAGCAACAGCAGCAGCACAAACAGCAGCAGCAACAACAGCAGCACAACAGCAGCAGCAGCAGCAGCAGCAGCAACAACAACCACGAGAUAAUAGCUCUGCCAUCAGCUUGUCUUCUGCUGUUCCGAGCAGCAGCAGAAUCAGCAGCAGCGGCAGUAGCAGCAACAGCAGCAGCAGCAGCAACAGCAGGAACAGCAGCAGCAGCAGCAGCAGCAGCAGCAACAGCAGCAGCAGCAGCAGCAGCAGCAGCAACAGCAGCAGCACAAACAGCAGCAGCGCCAGCAGCAGCACAACAGCAGCAGCAGCAGCAACAGCAGCAACAACAACCGCGAGAUAAAACCUCUGCCCUUAGCUUGUCUCCUGCUGUUCCGAGCAGCAGCAGAAUCAGCAGCAACACAAUCAGCAGCAGCAGCAGUAGCAGCACCAGCAGCAGCAGCAGCAACGGCAGCGGCAACAGCAACAGCAGCAGCAGCAGCAGCAGCAACUUACACGUCUGA